GUUUUGACUUAUUUGUUUUCUCCUCUACAUAACUGCGGACAAAAAUCGACAUACCACUACUAUAUUCUACCUCAGCAGCCGAGGAGCUACACCACAGUGAUGUCGGAUGGAGUUGUGCUCGGCGGUGAUGGGAACUUCAGCUCUCUCUGUCCGCUGGGGAUUGAGUGGAUCUGGUAUGGACUGGGUGAAUGUGCCCAGGAUGCCAGAGACCUCGCCAGUGUUGUUCUUGGACUUCUGUCGAUAGUUUGCUUCUUGGUGUCUUCACUACCGCAAUACUACAGUUCCUGCAAGACAGGAAAUAUGGACAGCGCUCUGUCUAUAUGGUUCCUGUUAUUUUGGCUGGCCGGUGACUUAUGCAAUCUUAUUGGAUCAUUCUUGGCUGAUCAACUUCCACUACAAAAAUACACUGCCGUGUACUACGUCCUGGCAGACCUGUUAAUGCUGUCAAUGUACUAUUACUAUAAACUAAAGAAUAGGGGAUCUAGGGCCAGUAACAGUGCACUGCUGAAUACGCUCAGCAUGUUAUGUCUUCUGGGAAUUACAUCUUCCCUCAUUAGUGUCCCUCGCUCAGCCCUAGAGGAUCAGAGGCCUCUGAGGUUCAAGGCUCGGGCGUUGCUGGCCGUGGAGGAGGACAGCGGAUCAGUGCAGCCCUUCGAUACAAAGGAGAUAAUAGGCUUUGUCUUCGGCUCAGUAUCUUCAGUACUGUAUUUAUGCUCCAGACUGCCACAGAUGUACACUAAUUUUCAGAGGAAGUCAACAGAGGGCGUGUCUUUUUUCCUAUUCGCUCUCGUGAUUCUGGGAAACACAACAUAUGGCAUCAGUGUGCUACUGAAGAACCCAGAUCCAGGGCAGGGAGAGGCCAGCUAUAUCAUACACCACCUCCCCUGGCUCAUCGGCAGCCUGGGAACGCUCUCACUUGACCUUAUAAUAUCCGUGCAGUUCAUGAUGUACAGCAAAUCACCUCGGGAUUCUGCAGAUGGAGAUGAAGAUGAAGAGACAGCUGUGCUUCUCUAUAACUGAACAAUUCCUGUCCCUGCUUUGACUGGAGGAAAUGCUGGAGAUGUUUGUUGAGCUUCACAUUUCCACAGCCACAGCUGAGACACGAGAAUCACUAUUUUUGUUCCCUAAUAGUAUUUGCUAGAUGUAUAUUAAUAGGGUUUAUACCUAGCAUUGUCAGUGGUUAAAAAUAUAUAUUUUUUCAGAUUGUGAAUAGUUAACUUUAAGUGGCUCAAUAUUUGGCACCAAAGGGAAUUAUUGAAACCCUUUUGUAAUGUUUGUACUGUACCUCAGAAUUCGUUUUAUUUUGUUUUAAAACUCAUACAUUUAUGUUCAUACAACUAUAAUUUUUCUUUUAUACAGUUGAAUGAAAGCUGUCUUCAGCAAGAUCUAACAGUCAUGACUAAGAAAGAACUGUGAACAUGUUCUGCCUUCAGUCUGUGUGCUAUGAUGAUCUUAAUAAGCUGUUUUUGUGCAAUCUUUUUGGUAUUGUAAAGAUGUUUUUAGUUUUUAUAUUGUGGCCUUUGAGUUGAUUUAACAUUGGACCUGUCAGUCAGUUCGUACCUUCAUUGAAGUUCAUAUAGUCUUUUUUUUACUUGUCUGUUUUUUUCUUUCUUUCUGUCUUUCUUUAUUUUUUGUCCUGUAUUAAAGCACAACACUCACUAAAGAGUUUAGUUUUUCUGAGGCCAAA